AUGGCCGACCAACCCCCCAUGGGCCGCGACUUUAUCGAUGCAAAGAACGUCGACCCCGUCGACCACAAUGACCAGACCGAUCCCGAAGACUCUGCUAGCCAGCCUCGUUUCCCGGGCCCCGGUUCGAGCACGACCGCUCCCGAUGUUUUGGAGUCGGAGAAGCAGGAGAACGAGAAGGCGCAGCGGAGGGGAUGGGAUUGA